GGAAAUUGACAUCCAAGCUUCAACCAAUCUAACGUGACCAUGCCACCACACUUCAUCCUUUAGCGGAGUUGGCGGAGAUGAGCGUUUUACUGAAAUUACCCUUGCUUUUCGCUCAUACCCUUGCGUUUAUACCCUUGUAUUUUAUAACGAGCAGUUGUCGGCUUUUCCCCUCCAUCUGUUUGCUCCAUUCUAAACUCUCCAGAGCUCAGAUUUCCAAAGUUUCUCAAGCAUGCAAAUCAAAUUCAUCGCUCUCGUUGCGCUCCUUCUUGCCACCUUUGCGUCGGCCGCUCCCGUCCCUGAUCUCCCCAAGGCAAAUGGCGGCAAUGAGGAUAUUGCGACGAGUUCCGGAGAAAACGUUGCAGAUGAAGCUCCAGAGGGAAUUGACCCCGCUAACAUCAGUGCCCCUCCCUCCGGCCCAAUGCUGUCCGCAGCGCAGACAGGGGGAGAUGACAACAUCGCCGCCUUCUCAGACAAGAAACGCAUGUAGAAUCAGCAGCAAAUGCGUUGGGGGCUGAUUACUGUAUCCAGAUGUCAUCAUUGUAGUUAUUUGUUCAUAGAGAAUGUAAGAUGGGGGGCGUUUUGUGUAUAAAGAGGAAUCAGGAAGUGCGAGUGUAUUAUCCAUAUAUCGUUUCUUUACGUGCCUGUUUUUGGCAUUCGUAUUCGUAGUCGUCCCCAAGUAGGCAUUAAACCACGUGAAUGAAUUGUUUCCUUUAUGUCAUUGGCAUUGAC